GAUGUUGAACAUCAGCGGGUUGUCUCUGCACCCCCUCACCUGCACAAGAUCAAACCGUCUCCUGCAGCCGCUCUGGGAUUAUCUGCUUCUUCACCACCUGCCUCUCAUCUCAUCACCUUUCUUGCCAGUCCUGCUCGCUUUUUGCAGCUACUUCUUCUUCAGUUUACCUUUUGCAGUCAUGGACCUGUUAGGAGAAAGAGUUCCUUUAUUCCACCAGUAUAAGAUCCAGCAGAACAGGCAGCCCACACUUGGAAUGAUGGCGAGGAGCUUCCUGAUAGCUCUUUUUAACCACGUCUUCUUUGUCCUCCCAAGUGUGAUGGUUGGUAUGUUCAUCUUACCUCCGCCAGCGAUACCUCAGGAAGCCCCUGCCCUUCAUAACGUCUUCAUAGAUGGAUUGGCUCUUCUUCUCCUCUUUGACACUCAGUACUACAUCUGGCACUUUAUACAUCACAAACACAUGCAGCUUUAUCGCUGCAUCCACGCCAUCCACCAUGAAUACACGGCCCCCUUCUCUUGGGCCACCGAGCAGCUCAGCAUCCCAGAGCUGAUUACGGUUGGACUCUGGAGCAACCAGGACCCCGUUCUUCUCAAUUGUCACCCACUGACCACAUGGUGCAUCACAGUGUUCAGUAUCUGGAUGUCCGUGGAGGACCACAUUGGGUAUGACCUACCAUGGAGCCUCAAUCAGCUGGUGCCCUUCGGCCUGCUGGGGGGAGCGCCAGCUCAUGACAUGCACCAUCAGAGGCCCAGCUGCAAUUAUGCUCCCUUUUUCAGCCACUGGGACAAGCUCUUUGGUACGACUGUACCACUGAAGAAAAAAACGAUGUUAGGUCGGCUACAUAAAUAGAGACAAUGUUUUGCCAAUGUGAACCUGUACAUCCAUGUCAUUUGUUUAAUGCUUGUAUAUAAUUUGCUGGUAUUAGCUGCUUUUCUCUUUUGGUAUUAUUAUUAUUAUUGCUUCACUUUGUCCUUAUCUGUUUAUUUUAUUUUCAUUUUUCUUGUUCCUCCUUUGUAGACUGUAUUGGUCCGUUUGUCUUAAGAAAUUGUGCUUUUCUCCUUUGUCUCAUUCAUUUUUGCCGAUAAAUGAGGAAAGAAUAUGUACAAGUAAGGACAAUAGCGUGUGAUUCAUUAUAAAGCUUAAAUAACGUUUGAGUUUAGGAAGAGCAGUCAUGUAUAAACAGUGUUGGGAGUAACGCCCUUAAAAAAUAAUGAUGGCACCAUUAUGGUUUUCAAGUACUGUAACUGGUAAUCAAAUUAUUAAAAGGUGU